UCAUAGAACAACAACUACAAGAAAAUGAAGACGAGUACAGUGAUUUCGCGGAAGAUCCUGAAGAGCUCGAGUUGAUCGAUCAACUGCUCGAGGCUGCCACAAAGCAGAAACAGGAUCAAAUCGCGUCUCUACUGAUAACAGACAUCGAAGAUUAUGAAGUACCUCAAGGCGUCCGUCUGCCUAAGGUGCUUGGGUUCGAAGCGACGCGUCAAUGGGACAAUCAGAUCCAACCUGCAGGGCUUCCCCGCGACCAGAACAUACGUUACGAGAGUGCGACUAGCUGAGGCGAAAGCCAGUACUGGAGGCUUGAGGGCGGAAAGGGAACAAACGCCAGUCCAGGCAGAGGCGCAGACAUCCGAACCCGAUACUCGAUCUCCUCUCGAUAGAUUCAGACGACCGCCCAAGAAACCACUCUCAGUCACCGAUCUCAUUUCCCCGGCGUGGUGUGAGCUACAAUACUUCUAUGUCCUGAGCAAGCAUGGACGCAAGAGACGGACACCUGCCAUGAAGCAGGGAAGUAAAGUACACCAGGCGCUUGAGGAUGAGGUUCAUGUCACGGUGCCCGUGAAGAUCACCACCAAAGAGGACAGUUGGGGAUUGCACAUAUGGAACGUGAUUCAGGGCCUAAGGACACUACGCGAGACAGGAAGGACACGAGAGCUGGAGAUCUGGGGUUCUGUCGGCGGCGAAUUCGUCAAUGGUGUCCUCGAUGAAUUGAGCUACGACUGUCCGGACCCCAAGCUCGAGGAGCAGAGUCUCAACAUGAUGGCGAAUCAAGAUUCCGGACCUGUGCCGCCGGAGUAUCAAGCUAGUAUACGAGAUUAUCUUGUCAGCAGCGAGACUAGGGAGCGUGGACAGUCCAUUGAGGAAGCCCUGGGCAGCCAGCAGCCCGAUAUCUCUCAGCAGCAGAGGUCACAGAGAAGAAAGGUUGACAAAUACAUCUACAUCACCGACGUCAAGACGCGAGGGAAUUCGACGUUGCCCACAGGUUCGAGCAUCCGACCAACAAUCAUCCAACUCCAUCUCUACCAUUCCAUGCUCGAAAAUCUCGUGCAAGGGAACUUUGCGUUGGCUCAAGUCGCCGAGCGAUAUGGUCUCAAUAUCCACGACACCUUCUCUGAUGAAUUCAUCGCACAAAUAGGAGGUCUAAACCAGCAAGUUUUCGAUUUGACUAGUUCGCAGAAUCGUGAAAUCGACCAGGACACAGACAUUCUAUCAUCAACACAAGACUCUAUGGACAUUCUACUGUCGCACAAUAACCUGGAGAAGUUAUGGGAGUUUAUGAUGUGGCAGUUUCGCGAAACCUUUAUUCUUCCGUCAGCAUUCGGCACAAGUACAGCUCCAGACUCAAUGUUCGGUUCAAAAUCUCAGGAUGUACCUUCAUCGACACCACAAUCUGUCGCACAACUACCUCCGAUGCCGACCUUUCCAACCCGCCUGUCCCCGCUUUUGACAGCACGAUACGUGUCGGCACAUGGCAGGACAUCUGAAGAUCAGGCGGAAGUACUGGGAAGCAAAUCCAUGAUCUUCAACCCGAACUUCAUCAAAUCCUACCUGUACGAUGCGUUAGCUUUUUGGCGCGGCGAACGUAAUCCCAAGGGCGUCGAGCUUCGUGAUGCCUGGAAGUGUCGCAUCUGCGAGUUCCGCGACGGGUGCGCAUGGAUUCACGAACAAGAUGAAUUGGCUAUGCGGGAAGCCGAAGAACGCAAGAAGAUGAGGGAAGUCGCUGGCUUGGAGUCCGGGGCGACUGGGUCCAGAAGAAGCCGAGUCUAGCACUUCGUAUCCUCAGCAAGACGGUGUGGCUGGGUGCUUGGGUGCAUCUUGAUGUACUGUAUAUGCACCAUCGGCGUUCUCGUGGUCGUUGGCAGCAUCUGGGUUUGGCAUCUUGCUUUUGAGCGUUAUAUUGGGCGACUAUUUGGUGCAUUUGACAAGCGUGGCGGCGCACAUUGGAGCGACUUGUCUUUUAGGCCGAACUUGGACAUUACACUCCG